AUGCACCUGCUGAACCUGACGCUGCAGCCGCCCACGGGCGUGCACGCGGCCGUGUACGGCAACUUCUCGGCGCCGCAGGCGCAGGAGUUCGUGGCGGCGCGCGGCGACGUGCUGCAGCUGCUGCGGCCGGACGAGGCGGGGCGGCUCGAGGUCGUCAUCUCCACGCAGGUCUUCGGCGUCGUGCGCGCGCUGCAGCCCUUCCGGCUCACGGGGGGCGAGCGCGACUACCUGGUAGUCGGCUCGGACUCGGGCAAGAUCGUCGUGCUCGAGGUGAACCCUAGUAGCGGCCAGUUCGAGGCGCGCCAGAGCGAGACGUACGGCAAGACGGGCUGCAGACGCAUCACGCCCGGCCAGUACCUGGCGGCCGACCCCAAGGGCCGCGCGCUGCUCGUCGGCGCCGUGGAGAAGCAGCAGCUCGUGUACGUCAUGAACCGCGACGCGUCCAGCCGCCUGACCAUCUCGUCGCCGCUGGAGGCGCAUCGCUCCAACGCCAUCCACUUGGGCGUCGUGGGGCUGGACGUGGGCUUCGAGAACCCCAUCUUCGCCUGCCUGGAGCUGGACUACGCCGAGGCGGACGCGGACCCGACGGGCCAGGCGGCCAGGGACGCGGUCAAGAGCCUCGUGUACUACGAGCUGGACCUCGGACUCAACCACGUGACCAGGAGGUGGAGUGAACAGGUCGUGCGCAGCGCCAAUAUGCUCGUGGCGGUGCCCGGAGGAGGUGACGGACCUGGAGGAGUGCUGGUGCUUGGAGAGAACACGGUGCAGUACAAGAACGAGGGCCACCCGGAGCUCACGUGCGCCAUCCCGCGUCGACAGGGAGAGCCCAGGGAUAUCGUCAUUGUGUCGGCGGCCACGCACAAGCAGAGGGACCUGUUCUUCGUGCUGCUGCAGUCCGAGCUGGGAGACUUGUACAAGAUCUCGCUGGACUACUCGGGCAACGCCGUGGAGGAGAUCAAGAUCCAGUUCUUUGACACGGUGCCCGUGGCGUCGUCCAUGUGCAUCACCAAGACGGGCCUGCUCUUCUGCGCGUCCGAGUUCUCGAACCACUAUUUAUUCCAGUUCCUGAGCAUUGGAGAGGGCGACGACACGGCCAAGUGUUCCAGCUUGGCCAUGGACCCGACCGAGUUAUCGACGUUCCCGCUGAGGAAGCUCACGAAUCUGCAGCUAGCGAGCAGUAUGCCAAGCUUGAGUCCGGUCACGCAGCUGCUGGUGGAUGACCUGGCGAAUGAACAGACCCCGCAGAUGUACGCGCUGUGUGGAAACAGCAACCGCUCGUCGCUGCGUGUGCUGCGUCACGGUCUCCCCAUCACGGAGAUGGCUGCGAGCGCGCUCCCUGGUGUUGCCAAGGCGGUGUGGUGCUUGAAGGAGUCGUACGCGGACCCGUACGAUAAGUACAUUGUGGUGAGCUUUGAGGACGCGACGCUGGUGCUGGAGGUGGGCGAAACGGUGGAGGAAGUGACGCAGUCGGGAUUCCUGCGUGACCAUGGCUCACUGCUGGUGGCGCUGCUCGAGGACGACUCGAAGCUGCAGAUCCACGCGAACGGAAUCCGACACGUGCCCAAGUUCCAGCCCGUUACGGAGUGGAAGGCCCCCGGUAAGAAGGUGAUUGAGCACUGUGCUGCCAACUCCCGUCAGGUUGUGAUCUCUCUCGCUGGUGGCGAGAUUAUUUACUUUGAGCUGGGUCAGUCGGGUGAGCUCGCGGAGAAGGGCAAGCUGGACUUGGGCUUUGAAGUGUGCAGUCUCGACCUCGGAGAGGUCCCUGAGGGCCGCCAACGGUUCCAGUUCAUGGCGGUUGGCAGCUGGGACAACACGGUCCGUAUCCUCUCGCUCGACCCCAACGACCUCUUCCGACAAAAGUCCACGCUGGCGCUGACGUCCCACCCACACACGCUCUGCCUAGCCCAGCUGCAGAGUGAGCCGUCGACGCCUGACUCGGAGCACUCGUCUCAAUCACUGUUCCUGAGUAUUGGUCUGGAUAACGGUGUGCUGCAGCAGUCGCUGAUCGACCCAAUUACAGCUAACUUGACGGAUUCUCGGUCCCGUUUCCUUGGAACGAACCCUGUGAAGCUUUUCCGUGUGGCGGUGGAAGGCAAGCGCUCAAUCCUUGCGCUCUCAAGUCGUUCAUGGAUCUCGUACUUCCACCAGACACGGAGACACCUCACGCCACUGUCGUGCGAAUUGCUCUCGUAUGCGAGUUCGUUCAACUCGGAGCAAUGUCCGGGUGGCAUCGUUGCGCUGACAAAUGAAGGGAUGAAGAUUCUGACUGUGGAUCAACUCGGAGAUACGUUUAACCAGCAGAAGUGCAACCUGCGCUACACACCUCGCAAGGCGGUCGUUCACGCAGCGUCGCGACGACUGGUUGUUAUUGAAAGCGACCACAACGAGUACGGCGCGGCGUACAAGAGGCAGCACGGUCUCCGGAUCCCCGACAUCCGAAGUGCCGCCGAGCAGGAUGACGAAUACGAGGACGAAAUUAACGAGGCUCUGUUGUUCCCGCGUGGUCCUCUUCCUGCAGAGAAGGAUAAGUGGGCGUCUUGCGUGCGCAUCGUUGACCCAGUAUCGUGCCAGACCGUGGUUUGUGAAGAGCUGGACGUGGACGAGCGGGCCCGCAGUAUUGCUUCGUGUGUGUUCCAUGAUCGUGGAGGUGAAGCGUUUAUUAUCGUCGGCACUGUAAAGAAGAUGCAGCUGCACCCUCAGAAGGCGCCUGCAGGGGGCUAUCUGCGUGUCUACCGUGUUGUUGAAGGCAUGCAGCUGGUGCUUGUUCACACGACCGAAAUCGAUGACAUCCCGCACGCCAUGUGCGAGUUCCAAGGGCGUCUCCUGGUCUCCGUCGGCCGUGCACUUCGAAUCUACGACCUGGGCAAGAAGAAGAUGCUGCGCAAGUGCGAGAACCGCAACUUCCCGUCGAUUUUGGUGGAGCUGAAGGCUGCUGGUGAUCGGAUUUACGCCUCAGACAUGCACGAGUCCUUCCACUUCGUCAAGUACAAGAAGGACGAGAACCAACUGGUGAUUUUUGCCGACGACUGCGUGCCGCGCUUUAUCACGAGCAGCGUACUACUGGACUACGACACGCUGUGCGGAGCUGACAAGUUCGGCAACGUGUUCGUUUCUCGACUGCCAUCCGAAGUCUCGGACGAGAUUGACAACCCAACCGCUAACCGAAUUCUGUGGGACUCGGGACUUCUGAACGGUGCACCGAACAAACUAGAGCAGGUGGCACAGUUUCACGUCGGCGACGUUGUGACGAGCAUGGUGCGGACGAGCUUGGUCCCUGGAGGCAUUGAGGCGAUCAUCUACGCUACGAUCAUGGGCCGCAUCGGCGCCCUCAUCCCGUUUACCUCCCGACAGGACGUGGACUUUUACACUCACCUGGAGAUGUACAUGCGUCAGGAGCAGCCCCCGCUCUGUGGUCGCGACCACCUGUCGUACCGCUCGUACUACAUCCCGGUGAAGAACGUCACGGACGGCGACCUGUGCGAGCAGUUCAGCUCGCUCAGUGUUGAGAAGCAGGCAAGCGUGGCUGAAGACCUCGACCGAACGCCCGCUGAGGUGCUAAAGAAGCUCGAGGACAUUCGCAACCGCCUCCUGUAGGGGAGUUUGUCAGCCCCUGAACAUUUCAACACAUUAAACCGAAUAAAAAUGAAAGGCGAAGCACAGCGACAGUC